AUGGGCGGAUGGAAGGGGCCGGAGCAACGCCGGGGAAGGGAAGGGCCGGAGGAGCGGCGGCGGGCGGCCGAGAGGGGCGGCGGCAGCGGGAUUCCCGCGCCGCUGAGCCCGGCCCGAGAGCCCUUUACACCCUCCUGUCUCCUGCUCCCGCCGUCCCGGGGCGCCGCCAUGACGCCCGAUCUGCUCAACUUCAAGAAGGGAUGGAUGUCGAUCUUGGACGAACCUGGAGAGUGGAAGAAGCAUUGGUUUGUGCUGACUGAUUCAAGCCUCAAGUACUACAGGGACUCUACUGCUGAGGAGGCAGAUGAGCUGGAUGGCGAGAUUGACCUGCGCUCCUGCACCGAUGUCACUGAGUACGCAGUGCAGCGCAACUACGGCUUCCAGAUUCACACCAAGGAUGCUGUCUAUACCUUGUCGGCCAUGACCUCUGGCAUCCGGAGGAACUGGAUCGAGGCUCUGAGGAAGACUGUGCGUCCCACCUCAGCCCCAGAUGUCACCAAGCUCUCGGACUGCAAUAAGGAGAACACGCUGCACAGCUACAGCACCCAGAAGAGCUCCCUGAAGGUGGGGGAGCAGCGUGUGGGCUCUGAGGUCAUCGGCCGGAGCGGCUCCCGGAAGGCAGAUGGACAGCGGCCAUCCCUGGACUACGUGGAGCUCUCCCCACUGACUCAGGGCUCCCCGCAGCGGGCCCGCACCCCGGCUCGCACGCUUGACCGCCCAGCCAAGCAGGAGGAGCUGGAACGGGACCUGGCCCAGCGCUCUGAGGAGCGACGCAAAUGGUUCGAGGCCGUGGACAUCAGGGCUGCAGAGACACCAGCCAGCGACGGGCCACGCCGGGGCCUGGGCGCCCCCCUGACUGAGGACCAGCAGAGUCGGCUCAGCGAGGAGAUCGAGAAGAAGUGGCAGGAGCUGGAGAAGCUGCCCUUGCGGGAGAACAAGCGGGUGCCUCUCACUGCCCUGCUUAACCAAAGCCGCGGGGAGCGCCGAGGGCCCCCGAGUGACAGCCCUGAGGCACUGGAGAAGGAGGUUCUGUCUCUCCGUGCCCAGUUGGAGGCAUGGCGUCUCCAAAGGGAGGCUCCUCAGGGUGCACCCAGGUCCCAGGAAGAUGGUCACAUCCCCCCAGGCUACAUCUCACAGGAGGCAUGGGAGCGCAGCCUGGCAGAGAUGGAGUCCUCGCACCAGCAGGUGAUGGAGGAGCUGCAGCGGCACCACGAGCGGGAGCUGCAGAGGCUGCAGCAGGAGAAGGAGUGGCUCCUGGCCGAGGAGACCGCCGCCACGGCCUCAGCCAUCGAAGCCAUGAAGAAAGCCUACCAGGAGGAGCUGAGCCGAGAGCUGAGCAAGACACGGAGUCUCCAGCAGGGCCCAGAUGGCCUCCGGAAGCAGCACCAGUCAGACGUGGAGGCGCUGAAGCGGGAGCUGCAGGUGCUAUCGGAGCAGUACUCCCAGAAGUGCCUGGAGAUCGGCGCCCUGACGCGGCAGGCGGAGGAGCGCGAGCACACGCUGCGCUGCUGCCAGCAGGAGGGCCAGGAGCUGCUGCGCCACAACCAGGAGCUGCAUGCCCGCCUGUCUGAGGAGAUCGACCGGCUGCGCGGCUUCAUCGCCUCACAGGGCACUGGCAGCGGCUGUGGGCGCAGCGAGCGGAGCUCCUGUGAGCUGGAGGUGCUGCUGCGGGUGAAGGAGAACGAACUUCAGUACCUGAAGAAGGAGGUGCAGUGCCUCCGGGACGAGCUCCAGACGAUGCAGAAGGACAAGCGCUUCACCUCAGGAAAGUACCAAGACGUGUACGUGGAGCUGAACCACAUCAAGACGCGAUCGGAGCGGGAGAUCGAGCAGCUGAAGGAGCACCUGCGCCUCGCCAUGGCUGCGCUGCAGGAGAAGGAGGCGCUGCGCAACAGUGUGGCCGAGUGAGGUCCUGUGGUUCAGCCCAGCUGCAGACCCCCCAGCCCAAGGGGACCAGUUGCCCUUCUUUGCUGGAUGGAAGUCAGAAGCCAAGCUUUCUCCCCACCCUCUGUGAGCCAUACGUGUACUCACAACCAUCACACACACAUACAGGUGCACACACAUACCACACGCAUAGGCAUACACACAGACACCA